CUCAACUGUAAUUCGGGCAACACGCGGACUCUCCCGCAUUCAUGUUCGCCUAGUACUUUAAAACAGUGAGUGACUAUCGAACUGUGAAUAUAAUCCAAAAUAGCUGAUUACCAUGAGUUCAUAAACGAAAAAAAAUACUAAAACAAUCAAAAAUGGACCGUCGUAAGUGGUAAAAAUGUGUGUGUCAGUGUCCCCAUGGACAAUAAAGUCGAAGAUAUGGUGUGUGGUGACGGUGGUGACCAUUGCUGUGCUAGUGGAAGUGGCCAGCCUCAAUGGAGCCAACGUAUGCAUGGUCAAACAGAAAUACAACAUAACAAAACGCGUGAAGUACCGCGCGCCGAUGUCUGUACGGACCUACGAGUGGUGCUUCAACAUGCCACCACGUUGUUCCCGCUGGAGCACAGAGAUGAGAGAUCUUACCAGGCUCGAGACAGAAGAACGUGUAGCAGAAGUGGCGAUUUGCUGUCCCGGCUACAAAAUGCAGGACGUCUCGUGCAUCCCGAUCUGUCCUAAUGGGAAAACCGGACACAAGUGCUCCGAGGAUUGUCCAAUCAACAAAUGGGGUCCGAACUGUGUACAUGAUUGUAAACAGUGUGAUCAUGGUACGUGCUCUCCUGAGACAGGGCAGUGUGUUUGCAGGGACGGAUGGCAAGGUGAGAGAUGUCAAAUCAGCAUGUCCACCACAGCUGCAACCCCCGUGAUGAAAGAAUUACUAACAACAAUAAAAACAACUAUUCAAACAAUUCCAUCUACUACUAAAUCAACUAUUACAACUGUCGGUUUAGCGCCUGACACAACGACUGUGGCAAUAAGGCCUACAACCUCAAUUAUUGUUACUACUUUAACAGUGAAAAAUACAUCGCCUUUUACUUCUACCACUGAAACAAUAACGACAAAUGUUACGCCAGUUCUAACUACAAAAUGGGAAACUGCACACAACAAUAAUACUCUGGAUUAUUCGCAUAAAACUACAAAACCAGUUACAACGGAGGUAACAAAACGAUUCCUGGCUGAUAAUUCAGUUUACAACAGAACAGAGUCGACUACUAAAAUAACUAAAAGCAAUAUUACUUACGAAACAACAUCAACAGUGCGAUUAUUGAAAACACUUCCUACUUUACAGACUACCAGUUCACCUAUAAAACCAUUAUCGUCUGCUACACCUAAAACAAACGUUAUAUUAUCAAACAAGGAAACCAAAGUAAAUGUCGAUACCACGAGAAAACCUGAUACAACAUUAAGAGUGCAACCAACUACAUUAAAAUUUAAACCGAAAGAAAUAUGGAUAAGACCAGCACAGAAAGGUGAAUCUCCUAUAUUAGAAAUAAAAUCGAAUGCCAAUCAUGAUCAUGUGAAACACAAACACAUAACAAAGAAAGAACUUGAAAGUACAACGCCAAAAACUAUUAUUGUUUCUAUAAUACCUACAUCGGUUUCAUAUGCAACUUUUAAGAAAAUAGCAUUAGCCACAGUACCUUACAUGGCUCAAAAAAAUAGUACUACUGCGAAAUCACAUAGACAUGCAGUGGAAGGGUUCACAAACUCUAUGUCAGUUCAAACGUCUACAUCCAUUCCUUCCAUCAAUAAGUUGAAUACAUUAUCGCUAAAGCAAAUUAGUUUGUCCACAACUACAAACCUUUCAUAUCGAAAUGUGACUAAAUCCGCACCAACUACAUUAGCUCCCACAAAAAGGACUGCAAAAGAACUCGGUGUAAAAAGUAAAACUAACAGCAUGUCAAGCACGUUCUCUGUUAAUCUUAACUCUCCUAUUUCUCUAACAACGAUCUCUUCGAUUAACACCAAACCAACAACUAAACAUCGUGAUGUGAUAACGACAAAAUCAUCAAAAAUGGCUUUAAAGACUACCACGAAAUCGGACGUAAAUCAACAAACAGAAAGUAUGCAAAUAAAUAAGACUGAAACAUUUAAUAAAAAAGAAUUAAGUAGCCCGAAAGCAGAAUAUCCGAAAGAAAGAAAAAAAUUUAUAAAAAACGCACCCGGAAUGAGUAACAGUACUAAACUGAAUGUUUCGAAUGUUUCUAACACUAAAACUAAUACAGUAACCGAUCAACCAAAAGAAGAUGAAGAAGUAUUUCAUAUUUUGACAGAGCCGGAGCAUAUUACUGCGGUAAUGGGUGAGAAAGGGACAGAUAGAACGUCAGUUGAUCUCGUUUCGGUGAUAAGCAUCGCUGGAGGAGUGAUGAUGGCAAUCAUUACAGUAGCAGUAAUUGUAGUGAUGAUAGAAAGAUGUAAGCGGCCUAGAUAUGAGGAUGUACGUAAAUUAAAUGAUAUCAGAAUGCAAGUCAUGAUCGAUAACAAUGACGUCCCUCCACCUUAUGUACGAAGUAUCUUCCAUACGCCUUUACCAGAUCCACCAACUUCAGAAAAAUGUCAUUAUCAACCAAUAUCGACAUUAGAUCGAAACUUAAAACAAUUUAUGAGGCCUGUUGUAGUACAAACAAUUUCACCAAUCAUGCUAGAAAACUUCAGAGGUAUUCUAGAAUGUCAUUAUGACCAUUUACCACGAAGAGACCACGAUUUCGGAACUAUGCCCGUUCGCGGUACAGCGACAUCUGUUAACUAUAGCAAUGAACUUCGAGCACAACGCGCUUACUCUGUAACCGAGUCUACCAUAGAAGCAUUGAAAUGCGAAGCUAAAUUAGAUGUUAUUGAUACUACAACUGCUGAACCUCUUUAUGCUGAAAUUCCUUGUUGGAGGCCGCCUUCGGAGCAUGCUAUCGAAGUAAUAAACACAAAUGGCGAAGCUGUUACCGAAUUAUGACUGCGUAAAUUUUAAUAUCUUGUAUAAGUAAUAGAUGGCGCUAUAACUCAAAAUGAAUGUUUUCUAAUAAGUAAUGUAAUGUGAAUGUUAUUACUUAGAACAUAAUUAGAAAUAUUAUUAAAUCAAAGACUUUGUGAAGUGACUCAUAUUUGUGUGGAUAAUGUUAACAAUGUUUUAUUAGUAAGUUCCAAGACUAUGUACCUAAAUAAAUAAUAAUUAAGUAAUAUUUCGCUUUAUUUUCAUUAAAAUAUAUCUCAAGAACUUAAGUAUUUAUUAGUAAUUCAGGUACAGUAGGUCCAAUUUUAUCACCAAC